AUGUUUGAGGGCAAAAAGACGAAAAACAUGUUCCUCACAAGAGCUUUGGAGAAGAUUUUAGCCGACAAGGAGGUGAAGAAAGCCCACCACUCCCAGCUACGUAAAGCCUGUGAAGUGGCACUCGAGGAAAUCAAGGAGGAGUCAGAAAAAUUAAGUCCGCCCAGUAGUGAUGGAAAAUCAGGUUCUGGCACUUUGCCGCCAAUCAAAUCCAAGACCAAUUUCAUCGAAGCCGACAAGUACUUCUUGCCGUUCGAGUUGGCGUGUCAGUCCAAAUGUCCACGCAUCGUUAUCACAUCGCUCGACUGUUUACAGAAGCUGAUAGCGUACGGCCACCUGACAGGCAGUGCGCCAGAUAGUACAGCGCCGGGCAAAAAGCUCAUAGAUCGAAUCAUCGAGACCAUCUGCGCUUGCUUUCAAGGCCCGCAGACGGAUGAGGGAGUGCAGCUACAAAUCAUCAAAGCACUGCUCACGGCGGUGACGUCGCAGCACAUCGAGAUCCACGAAGGCACGGUGUUGCAAGCCGUGCGCACCUGCUACAACAUCUACCUAGCCAGCAAGAACCUCAUCAACCAGACCACAGCCAAAGCCACGCUCACGCAGAUGCUCAACGUCAUCUUCGCCCGCAUGGAGAACCAAGCACUUACAAAUCACAAGCUAUCUUGGUCUCUGGCCUCCAGAAAGCGUGACCGCCAGUUGCAGGAAGCAAAGCAGCUAGAACGAGAGCGGCACCGGCAGCACACGGAACCCGACUCGCCUCAAACCCACACCCCGCCCAAAGCUCCCACGCGGGAAUCCAACGGACCGGUCGCCACCCCGAGUGUCAUCUCUCCUUCAACGCCGUCGUCGCCUUCCGUACCGGCGUCGCAGGACGACGACGACGGUGGAAGCAGCAGUCGCUCUUCGCCAGGAGAACGCAGACCCGUUUACGAAAGCCCCGAUCCGGAAAACGGGUCUGAUUUCUGCGUGGUGGAGAAUGAGCAGACUGAAGCUGACCAGGCCACGGCGGCAGCGCAGAAUGCAGCUAGUGAGGAGGAGGAAGUUGCUCCAAAUUAUGAAGAGAAAGCCCAAGAGAUAGUACAGAACAUUCUGCAAGAGGUGGUCAACACUGUGGCAGGAGACCCGGCCCAUCUCUGCGCCGAUGCCAAGGAUCCGAUGGCAGAGGGCGAGCCGGCGGAGGCGGAGCGACCCGUGGCGGUCCCGCAGGCCGCACGGACCCCGGCGGAAGACGAGAGCACGCCGGGGAGCGACGGCGAGCAUGUUCACGCCAACGGUAUCCCUGGCACGCCCAUUUCCGCCAGCUUCACGCCGUCGCUGCCUGAUGACAGACUGUCCCUCUCGUCCACCGACACUCAGGAAUCGGGGGCAACGCCAGGUCAACCGCCGGGCGCCAAAUUCUCGCACAUUCUCCAGAAAGACGCCUUCCUGGUUUUUCGCUCACUUUGUAAGCUGUCCAUGAAGCCUCUAUCGGACGGACCGCCGGAUCCCAAAUCACACGAGCUGCGGUCCAAGGUGCUCUCGCUGCAGCUGCUGCUGUCCAUCCUGCAGAACGCCGGUCCCAUCUUCAAGACCAACGAGAUGUUCAUCAACGCCAUCAAGCAGUACCUGUGCGUGGCGCUUUCCAAGAACGGAGUGUCGUCCGUGCCCGAGGUCUUCGAGCUGUCACUGUCCAUCUUCCUAACGCUGCUGUCGCACUUUAAGACGCACCUCAAGAUGCAAAUCGAGGUUUUCUUCAAGGAGAUUUUCCUCUACAUUCUGGAGACGUCCACGAGCUCCUUCGACCACAAAUGGAUGGUCAUCCAAACACUCACCAGAAUAUGUGCAGACGCUCAGAGCGUAGUCGAUAUCUAUGUGAACUACGACUGCGACUUGAACGCCGCCAACAUCUUCGAGCGGCUAGUCAACGACCUCUCCAAAAUAGCGCAGGGACGCGGCGGCCACGAGCUGGGUACCACGCCCCCGCAGGAGCUGACCUUGCGAAAAAAAGGCCUGGAAUGUCUGGUGUCCAUCUUGAAAUGCAUGGUGGAGUGGAGCAAGGACCAGUAUGUCAACCCCAAUUCCCAAACUAGCCUUGGCCAAGAGAAGCCAUCUGAACAGGAUAGUGGCGAAACUCGGGCUCCAGAGACCAUUAACCGCUACGGCAGCAUCAACUCUCUGGACUCAACGGCCUCGUCGGGCAUCGGCAGCUACAGCACGCAGAUGUCGGGCACCGACAACCCCGAGCAGUUUGAAGUCCUCAAGCAGCAGAAGGAGAUCAUCGAGCAGGGCAUUGAUCUAUUCAAUAAGAAACCAAAGAGGGGGAUCCAGUACCUUCAAGAGCAAGGCAUGCUAGGUACGACUCCUGAAGACCUGGCUCAAUUUCUCCACCAAGAAGAGCGCCUUGAUUCGACCCAAGUGGGCGAAUUUCUCGGCGAUAAUGAGCGCUUCAACAAGGAAGUGAUGUACGCGUACGUUGAUCAAAUGGACUUCCAAGGCAAAGACUUUGUGUCGGCGCUGAGGAUGUUCCUGGAGGGUUUCCGACUACCCGGUGAGGCUCAAAAGAUUGACCGGCUCAUGGAGAAGUUCGCCGCCAGAUACCUGGAGUGCAAUCAAGGGCAAACCCUUUUCGCCAGCGCAGACACCGCCUACGUGCUCGCGUACUCGAUCAUUAUGCUAACGACUGACCUUCACAGUCCACAAGUGAAAAACAAAAUGACAAAGGAGCAGUACAUCAAAAUGAACCGCGGCAUCAACGACAGCAAAGACCUUCCCGAGGAGUACCUCUCUGCCAUCUAUGACGAGAUCGCUGGCAAGAAGAUCGCCAUGAAGGAGACUAAGGAGCUUACGAUGAAAUCCAGCAAGCAGAGUGUAGCCAGCGAGAAACAGCGGCGUUUGUUGUAUAACGUGGAGAUGGAGCAGAUGGCCAAGACUGCUAAAGCGUUGAUGGAGGCAGUCAGCCACGUGCAGGCGCCGUUCACCAGCGCUACCCACCUGGAGCACGUACGACCCAUGUUCAAGCUGGCAUGGACGCCGUUCCUAGCCGCUUUCAGUGUGGGUCUCCAGGACUGUGAUGAUACUGAGGUGGCGUCGCUCUGUUUAGAAGGGAUCCGCUGCGCCAUAAGGAUAGCAUGUAUCUUCUCCAUACAGCUGGAGCGGGAUGCCUACGUGCAAGCGCUAGCCAGAUUCACAUUGCUCACGGCCAGCUCAGGUAUUGCUGAAAUGAAGCAGAAGAACAUCGACACCAUCAAGACGCUCAUUACCGUUGCGCACACUGACGGGAACUACCUUGGCAACUCCUGGCACGAGAUCAUGAAGUGCAUCAGUCAACUCGAGCUAGCGCAGCUAAUCGGUACGGGUGUGAAAGCACGCUACAUCUCGGGAACGGUGCGUGGCAAGGAGGGCUUUGUGGCUAGCACGAAGGAACAAAGCAAUGAUGAGUACCUGGGAUUGGUCGGUGGCACAGUAGACCGCAAGCAAAUCGCUAGCAUCCAGGAGUCCAUCGGAGAAACCAGCUCGCAGAGUGUGGUAGUGGCUGUGGACAGGAUUUUCACGGGCUCAACAAGACUUGACGGCAAUGCAAUAGUGGAUUUUGUGCGCUGGCUGUGCGCCGUGUCCAUGGAUGAGCUGGCCUCGCCCACGCACCCGCGCAUGUUCAGCCUGCAGAAGAUCGUGGAGAUCUCCUAUUACAACAUGGGCCGCAUCCGGCUGCAGUGGUCCAGGAUUUGGGAAGUGAUCGGGGACCACUUCAACAAGGUGGGCUGCAACUCCAACGAAGACGUGGCCAUUUUUGCCGUGGACUCGCUCAGGCAGCUGUCCAUGAAGUUUUUGGAGAAGGGCGAGUUGGCCAACUUCAGAUUCCAGAAGGACUUCCUCAGGCCGUUUGAGCAUAUCAUGAAGAAAAACAGAUCGCCCACUAUCAGAGACAUGGUAGUCCGCUGCAUUGCCCAAAUGGUCAACUCCCAAGCAGCCAACAUCCGUUCAGGUUGGAAGAACAUCUUCUCUGUGUUCCAUCUAGCGGCGUCUGACCAGGACGAGAGCAUCGUGGAACUAGCCUUCCACACCACGGGGCACAUCGUCACGAAUGUAUUCGAGAAGCACUUUGCGGCCACCAUCGACUCCUUUCAGGAUGCCGUCAAGUGCCUUUCGGAGUUCGCUUGCAACGCUGCCUUUCCCGACACCAGCAUGGAAGCCAUUCGCCUCAUAAGACAUUGCGCCAAAUACGUCUCUGGAAGGCCACAGGCCUUCAAAGACUACACCAGCGACGACAUGAAUGUAGCGCCGGAGGACCGUGUGUGGGUACGAGGCUGGUUCCCCAUCCUCUUCGAGCUGUCCUGUAUCAUCAACAGGUGCAAGCUGGAUGUGCGGACCAGGGGGUUAACUGUUAUGUUCGAGGUGAUGAAGACAUACGGGCACACCUUCGAAAAGCACUGGUGGCAGGACCUGUUCAGAAUUGUCUUCAGGAUUUUUGACAACAUGAAGCUACCUGAGCAACAGACUGAGAAAGCGGAAUGGAUGACCACCACCUGCAACCACGCACUUUACGCCAUCUGUGACGUGUUCACGCAGUACUUCGAGUCCCUCAGCGACGUUCUGCUGGAUGACAUUUUAGCUCAGCUCUACUGGUGUGUCCAGCAAGACAACGAACAGCUGGCUCGCUCUGGCACAAACUGCUUGGAGAACGUCGUCAUUCUGAACGGCGAGAAAUUCUCCGCCGAGACGUGGGACAAAACGUGCAACUGCAUGCUUGACAUUUUUAAGACCACCAUCCCUCACGCGCUGUUGACAUGGAGACCAAUUGAAGGCGACUAUUUGGACAAGCAGGUGAGGCAGGAAAGAGCUACUGAUUCCAUUUCUCAGAAGUCUCUGGACGACCAGAGAUCUAUCAGCAGCUUGGAAAGUCGUCGUCAGAGCCAACAAAGCGUCGUCCUUGGUCAGAGUGAGGACACCGCUAGGGGCAGGAACUCCACAAGGGCGCAAGAGCAACGCUUGUUCAGCGCUUUGCUCAUCAAGUGUGUGGUGCAGCUGGAGCUCAUCCAGACCAUCGACAAUAUCGUAUUCUUCCCCGCAACGAGCAAGAAGGAAGAUGCCGAGAACUUUGCUGCAGCCCAGCGCGACAUAGCUAACGCGUCAGACGUUGCAGCAGAGCCGCCAGACCAGGGAAUGUUCCGUUACCUGACGUCACAGCAGCUUUUCAAAUUGCUGGACUGCUUAAUGGAAUCGCACCGUUUCGCCAAGGCUUUUAACUCUAACAACGAGCAAAGGACGCUGCUCUGGAAAGCGGGGUUUAAAGGCAAGUCCAAGCCUAACCUGUUGAAGCAGGAAACGGGCAGUCUGGCAUGCGGUCUGCGAAUCCUCUUCCGCAUGUACACUGACGAGACGAGGCGGGAUGCCUGGGAGGAGGUUCAGAGACGACUGCUAGACGUGUGCGGUGAGGCAGUGGCAUACUUCCUGGCGUUGACCUCGGAGAGCCACAGGGAAGCCUGGACCAACCUCCUUCUUCUAUUCCUAACUAAAGUUCUGAAGAUUAGCGACCAAAGGUUCAAGGCUCACGCAUCUCGCUACUACCCGUUACUCUGCGAGAUAAUGCAAUUAGACCUGAUCCCGGAGCUCCGCGCCGUCCUGAGGAAAUUCUACUUACGGAUCGGCCUCGUUUUCGGCAUCGCACCAGAGCAUCAACCACGACCGUCCCUCCAGGAGAACCCGGAGGAUGCUCAGUGA